CUGAUCUGUGCAUAUAGUAACCAACACACCUUGGAGCACACUCACUUUGGUAGGAGACAGUCACUAACAGGCACCCGAGAAGACCUUAAAAAUGGCCGGCAUAGCUUCUAAACUUCAGCACACCCGAGACAAACAGAGUGGGAUUGGAACUAACGACCAUGCGGUGCCGUACCUCAACCAAGACUUUGAGUCUCUGAGGAGAAGCUGCCUGGAGAGACGACGCCUAUUUGAGGACGAAGCCUUUGAGCCUCUCCCGACAUCUUUAGGCUUCAAUGAACUGGGACCCGGUUCCUAUAAAGUUCGAGGCAUCGAGUGGCUGAGACCCAAGGAUAUUGUUUCCAAUCCCAAAUUCAUCCUGGAAGAUGCUACCAGGACUGAUAUUUGCCAGGGAGCACUUGGUGACUGUUGGCUCCUGGCGGCUAUCGCCUCCUUGACACUCAACAAGCAGGUUUUGUCCCGUGUUGUGCCACAUGACCAAAGCUUUGACAGGAACUAUGCUGGCAUCUUUCAUUUUGAGUUCUGGCAGUUUGGUGAAUGGGUGGAUGUGGUGAUUGAUGACCGCUUGCCGACCAAGGAUGGAGAACUGAUGUUUGUCCACUCAGCCGAAGGAUCAGAAUUUUGGAGUGCACUGCUGGAGAAGGCCUACGCCAAGCUAAAUGGAUGCUAUGAGUCCCUAUCUGGAGGAAGCACUACUGAAGGUUUCGAGGACUUCACUGGAGGCAUUGCUGAGCGACAUGAACUUUCUAGUGCCUCACCUCACCUCUUCAAUAUCAUGAGGAAGGCCCUGGAAAGAGGCUCCCUUCUUGGAUGUUCCAUUGAUAUCACCAGUCAGGCUGACUCUGAAGCCGUCACGUAUCGCAAACUGGUGAAGGGCCAUGCCUACUCUGUGACAGGAGUUGAGGAGGUGGACUUCAGAGGAAACCCACAAAAGCUGGUCAGGAUCAGAAAUCCAUGGGGCCAAGUGGAGUGGAAUGGAGCCUGGAGCGACACGUCCUCUGAGUGGAGAUGUAUUAGCGAUCAGGACCGACAGAGGCUGACCAACCGGCGUGAAGAUGGGGAGUUCUGGAUGUCAUUUUCUGAUUUUCUGCGAGAAUAUUCCCGCUUGGAGAUCUGCAACCUCACUCCUGAUGCCCUCACAGGGAGUGAGUUCAAGAAGUGGGCGGAGACAGAAUUCGAGGAGACGUGGAGAACCGGCGUGUCUGCUGGUGGCUGCAGAAACUAUCCAGAUACCUUCUGGACAAAUCCUCAGUUUGUCAUCAAACUGGACGAUGUGGACGAUGACCCCUAUGACGGCGAAGAGGGAUGCACCUUCAUUGUGGGCUUGAUGCAGAAGAACAAGCGUAGCAAAAUGAAAAUGGGCGAGAAAAUGGACACCAUUGGCUUUGCUAUAUAUGAGCUGCCUUCUGAGUACUCUGGUGCCAAGCAAGUGCACCUGAAGAGAAAUUUCUUCAUGCGUAACCGUUCGGCUGCACGCUCCGAGACCUUCAUCAAUUUACGAGAAGUGUCGAAUCGCCUCCAUCUACCUCCGGGGGAGUACCUCAUCAUGCCCUCUACCUUUGAUCCUAACAAGAACGGAGAUUUUUAUGUGCGGGUGUUCUCUGAAAAAACGGCUGACUUUCAUGAAAUUGACGAUCCAGUUGACAGCCAUGUCAAACAGACUGACAUUGAUGAAAGCGAUGUUGACGAUCGGUUCAAGAGUAUGUUUGGACAGCUGGCCGGACAUGACAUGGAGAUUAGUGUGUUUGAACUACAGAAAAUUCUCAACAGAGUGGUGGUAAAAAGAAGUGACAUCAAAACCAACGGGUUCAGCCUGAGUACCUGCCGCAACAUGGUCAAUCUGCUUGAUAAAGAUGGAACUGGCAAGUUGGGAUUGGUAGAGUUUAAGAUUCUUUGGUCCAAGAUCGAAAAGUUCUUGAAAAUUUACAGAGCGAGAGAUGCAGAUAAUAGUGGCUGCAUGAGCUCCACUGAGAUGCGGUCGGCAGUCGAAGAUGCUGGUUUCUCUCUCAAUAACCCACUGCAUCAGAUCAUUGUGGCUCGCUACAGAGAACCAAGCUACACCAUUGACUUUGACAACUUUGUGUGCUGCCUGGUCCGCUUAGAGUCACUCUUCAAUACAUUCAAGACCCUGGACAAAUCAGGUUCCGGUGUGAUAGAGCUGACUAUGAUGGAGUGGCUUAAUCUGGCCAUGUUGUAGAGGAGCUUCUCACACUAUGGAUAUGAAAGACUCGUACUUGUGUUGUUGUUGUUCAACAUAACAUUAUUUUGGUUGUGGUGUGGAGUCUCAUUGGUCAAAUCAAGGGAACAUUAUCUAAUAUUCUAACAAAUAUUGAAUCUAUGUAAAAUAUGAAUGAUUGUGUUCAAUAAAAAAAAAAAAAAAAACAUUUAAAUUUUUUUAACCUGUUUCCCUGUAUUCACUGCACUAAAAAUGUUUCAUUUCAAUUUCACUCACUGUAAUAUAAUCACUGUUGCCUCCUGGUGGUUAUUAAAAAAAUAGUCCAUCACUUUAGUGUUGUCAAUGCAAAACAAAUACACUCUACGUUUGAAAAAGUAAUUUUAUACACAGUAAUUGUACUUAAAGUCAUUAAAAAAACUAUUCCCUUGUAAAAGAUAAUUAAGUAAAACCACAUUGAUUUUGUUUAACUUCCCUAGGUAAAACAUUACAAAUCAAAGACAAAUUUAAAAAAAAGUGAUGUAAAAUAUGUUUUUUUGUUGUUUGUUUCAUUCUCUUUCAAGUAGUUUUUCCUUCCUUGUCUUUUAUUUUAUUGUGGUUAUUUAGGAUGUCUUGUUGUCUGAAUGGUGGCAAACUGUUCUGGCGGUGAUUGAGUAUAUAUUUUUAUGACCACAUUUUGUAAUUGUAUAUGGUAUUGUUGCUAUUGUAAAAUAAGGUGUUGAUGUAGGUAUUUGUUUUUGUGUGUGUAUCGUAAUUUUGUUGACAUAAAGUUUUGGGGGAAAAAAUAAAAACGUUUUUCCGGUG